AGUUAAGUUGGUAUCAUUCAUCAAUCACGGUGAGUAAUGGCUUCUUCUCCUGCUAUUGUUGUUUGCACUGUUUGCCACAUGUAUAGUUUAUCUGUCUCUGUCAGCAGCGAGGGAUUCACAUGUGAUAAAUGCAGGGAAAUAGUUAGGCUGACAGAGAAGGUUUUAGAACUAGAGACACGCAUCCAAACUUUAGUUGAGGACAGUAAGAAUGUGAGGGCUGUAGAUACUGCUUUGGAUGCGACUAGCUCAGGGAGUCCUGUACAUUGUUCGGUUUCGGUUGAGCCCGUGCAGCAGGGCAACUGGGUGACAGUGAGGCGGCCUAGUCGCGGGUCAAAACACCACUCUUCCGUUCCGAUCAAAACAUCAAACAGGUUCUCCCCACUCGGUGACGCACCCACUGAGAAACCUGAUGAAAGUGCUCUAGUUAUUGGCGAUUCUAUUGUACGGAACGUGAAAAUAGAGACACCAGCCACCAUAGUCCAUUGUUUACCAGGAGCCAGAGCACCUGACAUCUUGGCAAAUUUAAAAGUGCUGACUAAUGCUAAACGUAAAUUCAGUACGAUUGUUAUCCACGUCAGCGCUAAUGAUGUUCGACUUCGCCAGUCGGAGAUCACUAAAAAUAAUGUUAAAGAGGUGUCAGAACUUGCAAGUACGAUGUCAGACACUGUAAUAUGCUCUGGUCCCCUCUCUGCUUACCGGGGUGAUGAGAUUCAUAGCAGACUGUCGUCACUUAAUGGCUGGAUGUCUAAGUGGUGCCCGCAAAAUAACAUAGGCUUUAUAGACAACUGGAAGAAUUUUUGGGGCAGAUCUGACCUGUUGAAAAGAGAUGGUGUUCAUCCCUCCUGGGGUGGUGCCGCUUGUGCUGGAACAAGUUUGAUUUAA